ACCAAGCAAUUAAACAGAACGGUCUUCAUAAUAGAGGAGAAUUAAUAUUAGAGGGCGUAUCCAUCUGUGCGGAGGCUGAUAUAUCAAGGGUGAGAGAGCGCGGUAGGAGGGUCUUCGUUGGGUUGGUAGGAGCAGGCACACUGUAAACAACCACUCCGUGAAGUAGCCCACUCAAACUACAUCAAGGCGAAGCCAGCAUUUUUUUAAUCGCUGUCAAUCCAGUGUAGUCUAUACUCGUGCGACGGGGACAGCCCAGGUACAGACACAACAUAUCAAAGAGACACUGAAGCCGAAUGUGGAUUGCUGCUGUACUUUCAGUAUAGAUGACACACAGCGGAUAUAUAAGAUGAACCACCAUGUGACCUUGAUCGUCCUGUGACAUCACACCGACACUGAGACGGCGGGUGGGUGGAAGGACACACACGGAGGGACGCAGAGCAGAGCACAGAGAGGAGAGCACAGGAGAGGCUACAUACUUAAACAGCGCAGCUUUGCUCUGAGGAAGAUUGUAGAGCCCCUUGUAGAGGAUCUUGAUACCAUUUGGCUUUCUGCUAAUACAGUCAAAUAAUAAGAGACUGUUCUUCUUGUCAUCCUGGUUUGUGUUGCAGUACACUAAAACACCAGCCUUUUACAACAAAGGGUUCCCAGCACCUUUUCAUUUGUUUACGCAAGAGGAUAAGAGUUCUCGUUCUCGCCUCCUUCUGAAACUAGCCUUGUGAAAACCGCUUAUUCUGUUCAUAGUAAGUGAAACGAAACGUGAGCUUAACGGUCAGUCUGCUCGACCAGGCUAUCAAGGACCCAUAAUAACAAUCCAUAACAAAAUGGAGACUCUGUCUCUCUCGCAGGACUCCAUCUUGGAGUGUCAGAUCUGUUUUAACUACUACAGCCCGCGGCGGAGGCCCAAGCUGCUGGACUGCAGACACACGUGCUGCUCCGUGUGCCUGACCCAGAUGAGGUCCAGCCAGAAAGAGAUCCGAUGCCCCUGGUGCCGCGGCGUCACCAAACUCCCCGCCGGCUUUUCCGUCUCCCAGCUCCCCGACGACCCCGACAUCAUCACCGUUAUCGCCAUUCCGCACGCCUCUGAGCACACGCCGGUCUAUAUCCGCCUGCCUAGCAACGGCUGCUACAUGCUGCCCCUGCCCGUCGCCAAGGAAAGGGCACUGUUACCCGGCGAACUGGGCUGCCGGUUCUUGCCAGGUGGCAGUGGGCAGCAGAAGGUGGAUGUGGCGGUGGUGGCUAUGCCUGAGUUGCAGCCCUUGGGUCUGGGGAUGAGUCUCGAAGGCCUGGAGGAGACAGAGAGAAGGGGAGUCGGGGGAGGUGGUGGUGGAGGGGGGAAGGGCUCCACGUGGUCCGGGGUGUGUACAGUGAUCCUGGUAGCCUGCGUCCUGCUCUUUCUCCUGGGAAUCGUGCUCCACAACAUGUCCUGUAUCUCUAAGCGCUUUACUGUCAUCUCCUGCGGCUGAAGGGAGGGGCCAGAAAGCAUGUCAAUUAACAUGCCCCUCCCACCCCCUACUGUGGCUCCACCCCUCCUCAGCCAGGACAAUGACGAGAAUAAGCGAUUUUACACAUAUCAGGGUUGGCCAAGGUAACUGCCGACAGACACACAGAGGGUGACAGGGAGAGAGAAAGAGAGGACAACCACGAACAAACUAGGGAAAGAAACUUGCCUCCAAUUGUUGACUUGGAGUUAUUCUGGAUACAAAUGCAAAUACUCUCUCCCUCUGAUUUGGGGUACCCUGUGGACCUAUGGACCUGGGGCCUAUGGUAAUUCGCCAUGGCUGAUAUGUCCUGGUCUGUUUCUUUCUGUGGUCAGUAGAGUUACUUCAGUCAGUGAUCAUGUUGUUUAGCUAAGUGUCAGUACUGAGUACAUAUCUCCAGCUGGAGCUGCAAUAUACAGUGUUAGGACUUUUUGGCAGACCUGCGAUCAAAUACUUUCAAAAUCUUUUCAAAAACUUUAAGGGAUUGCUUGAGUCUGUCUGGAGUGACAGGUGGGCAGGGUUUGGCGUUUUGGGACUUUUCUAUUGGUUUAUUAAGCAAGGCGAGUAUAAACAGGCACAGAUUUAUUUUACAUUGAUUUUUCAAGUAAUUGAAACCCAGAUCUGCUUCUAGGCUGCUUUUGUCUUUGCUGCGAUUUAGCAGUGUAUACAUUAACUAUGUACAGUCCACCGAACCACCUUUGGCCAAGUGUUGUUCAUAAAGGGACUGAACAAUCAAUACUGGUGGUGGUGGAUCACUGUGGGAUGUGUCCAAAAUGGCACCCUAUUCCUCAUAUAGUGCUCUAUUUUGACCAGGGCCUAUAGGGCUCUGGUCAAACGUAGUGCACUUGAUGAACAAGUAUUUCGCUGCACCUUAGAUAACAUCUGCAAAUCUGUGUUUUCUUUAUUUGAUAUUGGGAAUAGGGUGCCAUUUGGGAUACAAGCCUGUGUUUCUUAUUUUCUCAGAAUCACUCUAAUGUUCUGAAAACAGUGUUUACUUUACUGUUGCUCCAAUUUGUAAUGCCGUACUGUAUGUAUGUAUGUGUUGGUAUUUUGAUCAAUAAUGUGUUAAACACAAAAACAGGGAAAUAUGUGAUUGUGUGUUGUGCUAUAUACAUAUAAACCAGCCUAUAUUUGACAGAAAGCACACACUACAUGUAUUCAGUAGCCAGCCAGCCUAAAGUAAUAAUGAUUAAGUUACUGUUGAGUCUUACAAUUAUUUGCCUAACCCCAAUGCCCUUCACUGAGAACAGAUGGUCAUUGCUUUUAAUAUUGAACUCUCUCACUUAGUCCCAAAUGGCACCCUGUUCCCUAUAUAGUGCACUACUUUUGACAGGUCAAAAGUAGUGCACUAUAUAGGGAACGGGGUGCCAUUUAGGAAGCAUCCUAUGACGCCCACACACUAUCUCUACUAUCAAUCUCCCUUUAGGUUAAUAUUAUAGUUGAUGUUUGUAUGGGGGGUGUUGGUUCACAGUGAGGUGGAGUGUGGGUGCUGGGAGGGGUUAGGAGUGGGCGGGUGGGGAGUCCCAGUCUUAAUGCUAAUUGCAUUGAUUUCUGAACCGUUUUAAAUACUUUCUCUUCUAUGCCGGUGUUUCUCUUCUUCUCUAUGUGUUUCAAAUGGCAUACCAUUCCCUGUAUAGUGCACUACUUUCAACCGGGGCCGGUAGUGCCCUGGUCAAAGUUGUGCACUAUAAUUUGGAAUAGGGUGCAAUGUGGGACACAUCCCAUGUCUUUGUUGUUGUUGCCAAAAUUAUUGUGAUCCAGUUUCUACUGUAUUAAAGCAAUUGAGUGUAAACACCAACAAACAAACAGGGUGAACGAUUUUGUAUAGCAGCCAUGUACAGAAUGAUUGUAUUUAUCCUAAUUGUCCUUCUUUCUAUUUGUGUUCUACAUGUUUACUUAUGUCUGUCUGUAAUAGUAGCCUGGUCUAGAAUCAACUCUUAUUGCAGCAGGUUAGAACCCUUGGUGGACAGUGUUUGGUAAAUAUGUGGUUGGACUGGUCUAGGAUCAGUGCUAAAGACAGUGGGUUAUUUAGGCACUUUGUUAGGUUUCCAAAAUUCCAGUAACUUUCCCAACAUUCCCCGCUUUUCCAGAAAUCCUGGUUGGAACCAAUCACAGCCAGAGAAAGGGGAGGAGGUUGUAGAAAUUAGAGACUUCAGUGGUUGUGGGGAUUGGCUGUUUAGCUCUUACCUAGGGAUAAUUGCACUGGGUUUUUAGGCUAGCUAUUAAACUGAGAUUGUGCCAUCUCACUUACCGACUGGCUUUUUAAGGAGUCCAAUAUGGAGUUACAUUAGUGCCAAACAUAGUAGCAGUCCAGGAGUUCUGUUUCAUGUUUAGAGGGGAGGGAUAGAGAAAGCGUAUGUGCCAAAUGGCACCCUAUUCCCUUUAAAUUGCACUACUUUUUACCAGGGCCCGAAAGUGCACUAUAUAGGGAAUAGGGUGCAGUUUGGGAAGCAGCAUGACAUAGAGGUCAUGCAGAGGUUCCAUCAUGGUGGCUCAAUAGCUGACAACUUUUUUUUCACUUAUUCACUUUUUCACUUGUAACAGACAUUUUGAGGUGGUGCAUAUGAGUCAACAAAGGAGCAAUUGAUUGUCAGCUAUUGAUUAAUUGAUCUAAUGAUACAUAAGUCACCCUGAGUAUUGUUAUAUUAGACAAACACUGGAGAUGUAUUGAAAAUGCUGUAAAUGUAUGGUGACAAUAAACCAGACUAGUUCAGUUACAUUGUCUGCAGGUAGAUACCGCAGUAAACAGCAUAAACAGUACCCACUGGGCAUAAAGUAGUUGAAUCGAUGUUGUUUGAAUCAACGUGGAAAACUGAUUUGAUUUGGGAAAAAAGUCAUCAGUGUAAAGACAUUUUAGAUUUUUUUCAUCCAACUUUUAACCUAAAUCCAAUGACCUGGUGACAUUUUGCUGUUGAAUUUACCAAAUGUAAAUCAAAAUUAGAUUUUGAACUAACAUGUGUGCCCAGUGGGUAGUUAAUAUGGACGCAACUCAAGGCCUCACACCCAGCCAGGCUUUGGUUUGGUUCCCAAAAAACGACCGAUUCCCUAUAUAGUGCUGUACUUUUGACCAGAGUCCUCUGGGUGUCUGUCUCCAUCAUAUCUAGCCCCUUAUCUGAAGGUCUAACGGCCAAAGGAUUUCUUUAGGUCAGCGGUGGCUGUUGAGGGGAGGAUGGCUCAUAGAUUGGAAUGGAAAGUUACCUUUCCAUGUAUUCCAUUCCAGCCAUUACAAUGGGCCUCUCGUCGGGUUUAAAGUGGCACCAGCCACCACUGCUUUAGAUCAGUGUUGGUUGAUGUAAUAAUACUUACAGCCAGUCAAAUGACUUGAACCAAUGGACUCAAUGUGUUGGAAAGCCCUGUUGUACUGCCAAUAGAUCCAUUGUUAAAAGAUGCAAUGCAUGAUGUGAUGUUGCUUGGAUGGAGUUAGUAGAGGUUGUGGUCUCGUAUGCAAAUGAAGGUAAAGAGGACUGUCAAAUAAUAUAGUUAUAAAAGGUGUCUUUGCACAACGUUUGAUGAAGCAUUAGAAUGGGGAUUUUUGCACUGCGUCCCUGAGUAGAAUAUGUGUCCCAAAUGGCACCCUAUUCCUUAUAUAGUGCACUACUUUUGAUCAGAGCCCUAUGAACCUUGGUCAAAAGUAGUGCACUAUAUAGGAAAGUGGGAGCCAAUUAGGACAAACAAUGGAUACAUGUUCUCGCAUUUCUAUCCCUAGAACACCUGUACAGUAUGAUAAUGAGAGAGGGAAGGAGACCUAGGGUUGUCAGUCUGCUUGUGUGUUUGUCAGUCAGUGAUGUACAUUUCCUAUAGUAGUUUCUGUUUGUGUCAGGGUUGACAGAAAAACACAGCUGUUUCAGUGACCUAUUAAAUAAACCAUAUGAAAUUAA